UGAAAGAUAUAAUGAAUGAAAGCCAAGACCGUAAAUAAGGGUCUCUACGAGUCUGCACUUUGGUUUAUAAUGUCGUAUUCUAUAAAGGAAUGUUAGGAACAACGGCAAUCCAGACAAGCGGGUUUCACCUUGUUUCACGCUGAUGUGAUCGGGUCGGUCGAACGACGUUCCUGUUUUAAUCCAAGUAAGCUCGUAGGGAACCAUCCUUUUGCCUAUGUUUACACAUUCCUUGAUCUCCGGUGAACAAACCAGUCCGGAAAUUUCGAUGGGCGUUGUCCCUGGUCUUCGUCACGUCAUGUCCCAUACGUGUAGAGAACACACUGAUAUAUAAUAUGCUUUGCGACAUUCGAUGCCUCCAGUCUCCAGCCUUGGUCUAUUCACGUCGAACAAUGCAAUCCGGAGCAUCCACCCUCUCUCGUCUUUCCGGCUCUGCACUUCAUCCUAAACCGAACACAUCCUCAGAAGACAUCCGUGAUAUUAUACGGUCUUUCCUCCACAAGUUUGAUACUACCGACUUGCCAUCAGUCGAGGAUGCUGCACUCGAGGAUCUUUGUAUCAAAGAGGCUGAACGUCGAGGAUAUGCCCUCGACGUCCUCAAGCCCAGCCUAAUAGUCGGGCUCAACAUCGCUGCUUCGGCGUACCACCAUCUCGUUGAUGUCAACGUCAAGGUGUACAUUACCUUCUUCACCAUGUUUUUAACAUACUUCGAUGAUGCUUAUCCUGAUGACCCCGACAUCCUCGUUGGAGUUCCUCGAUUUACCAAGUAUUUCAUGUCCUCGGAAAAGCAGCCAAGCAAGAUGAUGAACGACCUUGCAAAUCUGCUGGCAGAAACUUCUCAGCUCUUUGGCGAAGUCACUGCUGACUUGAUUGUUCAUGCAACCCUUAGGUUCAUUACCGGAUUGGUUUUAGAAACUCGGAGCAAAUAUGAACCUACGCACAGGGUUGAUAAAUACGCAAUGUUUCUCCGUGAGAUAAGCGGGAUCCCUGACGCCUACGCCAUGUUCAUAUUCCCCGCUGAUCUGCCAUACGAUGUAUACAUCCAAAGUCUUCCUCUCCUCCGCGAUGUCAUCAACUUCAUGAACGACAUCACCUCGUUCUACAAGGAAGAGUGUGAAGGGGAAACGCACAACCUCAUAUCGCUGUUGGCUGAAGCCAACGGCAAGCCAAAGAGUAGGACUCUUCGUUAUGUGGUUGAGAAGUGCAUGGAGGCACAUGAGAGAACGUUGCGUAUCCUGUCACCCCACAAAGAAGCGCAUAGGAUAUACCAGGAAUUCGUGAAAGGGUACUUAGCAUUUCAUCUGGGUGCAAAGAGAUAUAGACUCGGCGAGUUGAAUCUGUAGUCUGUUGUCCAUAAUAUUACUUCGCGUUGACUGUAACUAUGAGCUGGUAAAAUCGAGAUACGAUACCAGAACGUUUUAUGUUGUA